GCAGUUGUGUCAAAUUGUGCGCGUCAUUCAUUGACUCUGAUCAUUCCGAGCCGGAUGGUACGUUCACGGGCCGUGCGGAACUGUGCCUCGAGCGAUCGCAAACGAACACCCGGGUGGUUGGCCCGCAAUUGCUAGCGAAGCGCAGUGGUUUUACUCCGAUCUAAAGUGUGUAUUCGUGUCGUUUUCCGGUUCCGUGUUGUUCAUUGGUGCAUUUCGUCGUAGCUAGAAGGGGGCUGCUGCAGUAGGCAGGACAGUCUGCGGGUGGGUUUUUUUUUUUUGGUUGGUUGCUGGUGCAAGGAGCAUUCACCUCCCCCCUGGCUACGGGUGCAUCCAUUCGUUCGCAUACUUUUAUGGCCUAUCGGCGAAGGCCGCCCAAGGGUGUGUGUCUUUUCGCUUGUGUAUCACAAAAUGGCGAACAGUUGCUGAAAGCGUUUGCGUUUCUGGGGGACUAAAAAACACUCUUUCUCUGCCGCGGGUUCUGGUGUCGAAAACAUUCCAUUUCGUGUUGAAGUUAGCGUUGUGGAGCCGGUUAGGAAGAAAGGAUAGCGAGCGUGGGGUGUGGCCAUUUGCGUGUCUUUGUUCGUUUUGUGGAAGAAGAACGAGGUGGAAGGAGAAGGAGAAGGACAGAAGAGAAAGCGCAUUUUACGACCGAGGCUCGAUUGGUCCUGCGACACGACGGCGUAGGAAAGAUGCAGCAGCAACAGCCGUCGCCGUCGAUGCUGGUCGAGCUGGAGGCGCUGCUGGAUCGCCUCUACCAAGGGCAGGUGAGCAACGAGGAGAAGCAGCGGAUCGAGCAGCAGCUGCGGCAGUACCGGCGGACGUCCUUCAACUGGCGCUACUGUCUCGAGCAUCUGGACACGUUCCGCAACAAUCAGUACCUGUGGUACUUUGCGGCUAGCACGAUCGAGGAGAUGAUCAGGGGUACCGCGACGUGGAAGCAGCUGGACCAGUCGGAGCGGCAGCAGGUGCUGCACGGUUUGAUGCGCGUGAUGCGCAGCUACCCGGCGGACGUGCCGCCCCUGCAGCGCGACAAGGUGGCGCACAUGCUGGUGCAGGUCGUGCAGAAGACCGGCAGCAGCGACCCGGCGAACAGCUACGGCACGUUCGUGGAGGUGACGGUGGAGCUGCUGCGCGACAAGUUCCAGCUCGGGCUGGCGCUGUGCCGCGCGAUCGGCGAAAACGUGGGCCGGUCCGCGAGCGCGCCGGAAGACUUUACGGAGACCGUGCAGCGGCACGCGCCCCGCAUCAUGCACGAGGUGAACCGGUGCUGCGGGCUGUUCGCGAUGAUGGCGACGGGCAGCCCGACCGGCACGCCGCUCGAUGCGCUGCCGCCGGACUGCAAGCACCGCUACUGCAUCCAGCUGAUGGAGCUGGUGCACCAGUACUUCACCUGGAUGCGGCUGGACCAGCUGGACGCGGCGCUGAUUGGCAACGUAGCGAUGCUGGCGUGCGCCGGCGACCCGAAAAUGACCGACGCUGCGACCGGCAGCGUGAGCGCCCUAACCGAGCUGCUCCACCGGAACGAGUGCAUGGGGGUGGAGCCGGGUCGCCGGCUGGCCGAAGCGAUCUUUAGCAUUCUGGUGCACGUGACGCAGAAUUCGACGGACGAUUUCUACCAGCUGCGGGUGUGCGAUCUGCUGCGGCAGUACAUGAAGCGGGGCUGGCCGCACGGCGAUCUGCUGCUGGCGCGCGGGGACGAGGUCCUGAUGAUGCUGUUUCGCUUCACGGUCGACUGCGCCAAGACGGAGCUGGCGCUGUACCUCGCCGACCGGGUGAGCCUGUGGAAGUACGUGCUGAGCGAGCCGCGGAUUCAGCUAAACCCCCUGCUCGCCCAGCAGCUGCUGGGUUUCAUGCACUCGACGCUGUUCUUGAGGAACUUCCCGAUCUUUGAGCAGUUUCACACGAAUGAUCUGGAUGCGAAUUGUCUCGAAAUGAAUCUGGAUCACUAUCACAAUCAAUGCUACGACCUGAUCAUACAGCUGGCACAGUUGCUGGCGCCGAACCAGCUGCAGGAGCUGAUGCAGUCGGUGCUGCUGUCGAACGGUGGCCACGCUGACAAAGGCGGCAACCCCUACAUCGACUGUGUGCAGCUGUUCCGCGCGAUGGUCGAGGCGCUCCGCGGCAACGGGCUAGCGCUCGGCCAGUACAGCGAGAAUCAGAUACGCCUCUGCAUGGUGGACUACGUUGCCGCCAGCCGGCUGGCGGUCGAGCUGACGCGCGCCGUCUAUAGCAGGCUGGCGCCGGUCGACGAGUACGUCCACGAGGCGACGGUCGCCCACAUCCAACUGCUGGUCGAGCUGUCCGGGCUGCUGCAGCCGCUGCUGCAGCUGUGCAAGCGCAUGAGACACGCGAAGAGCAUCUUUUCGGCACUGACGCAGCUGAUACUGGAAACGAUGCAUUACAUGCAGCUCGGGCCGGCGUCGAAUGUGCACGUGGCCGGCCUGGGCCUGAUCGAACGCCGGAUCUCGCCGAUCGUAACGAGCGAGAUGCUGCACGCGAUCGUGACCGAGCUGCCCCGCUAUCUGGUCGACUACCAGCUCCCGGCCGCCGACGCCGGCAGGUGGAUGGAGAUGGUGCGGGCCGCCCUCGAGCUGCUCGACCUGUUCCUGUCCAAGGCGCUGCUGGGCCCGCGCACGAGCACGCUCGUGCUGGAGCAGCUGAGCAAGUGCGGAGGCCUCGCGAAACUGCCCCAUCUGGACCGGGCCACGCGCGGCAAGGCGUACUGGGUGGUGUGCGGCUGCCUGCUGCAGGCGGAGCAGGAAAUGAUGCGGGAGCAGGGAGCGAUAGCGACGGCAUCGAACAACAAUAACAACAACAACCCGACCAACGGGCUCCCGUCGGCGAUGCUGAACCAGUACGUCGGCACGAUUGCGCGCGGGCUGGUCGAGUUCCAGCCGAACCAGUGGGCCCAGUCACCGGGCGACGGCCAGAACCAGAUGGUGCGCGUGCUGGUGGGCGAACUGCGCGACCUGACCGAUCUGCUCGCCUACUUCGAGACGCACAGCAGCAGCACGAUGCGCAACCGGCUCGCGCACGCCAUGGCCCGACCGAUCGAGCAGAUGCUCGCCAUCUUCCGCGGCACGAGCGGCAGCCUGAUGGUGGCGAUCGACGCGACCGGCGUCGAGCUGGUCGACAGUUUGCUCGACUUCUGCAAUCAGGCGGUGAGCGCACUGCAGUCCAAGCUGGACAUGCGCCAGCUGCAGCAGGUGAUCGACACGCUGCACCAGCUGUUCACCGCGGAGGAGCGGUACGGCAAGUAUCGGCUCCGGUCCGCGAACACGCUGCUCGGCAUGUUCCGCAAGCUGGUGCCGGAUCCGCGGAACCAGUCGCUAAUGCCGGUCAUUGUGCAGGUGGUGCUGCAGCAGAUGCUGCCAGCCAUGGCGGACGACACCAGGUUUAACCGGGUGGAAGAUUCGUUCACCUACGAGGACGUGCUCGUCGAGCUGUACUCGCUGCUGAACGAUCUGCUGCAUCACCGCUGGCAGUACUUUGUCGUGAGCAACUUGAUGAUGUCGGGCGAGCCGGACAUGCGCACGAUCCUGCAGACGGAAUCGUUCCUCGCGAUCAUGAACGCGUACGGGUACGUGCUGACGAGCCACACCCACUAUCCGCGGGUCGUGCGCUACGUGCUGAAAUCGCUCGUGAUGCUGGACGAGCGGCGCAAUCUCUUCCGGCUGCCGUUCUUCGUCGAGCGGCUCAUGGACGACUUUAUCCGGUCGCUGCUGGAGCUCGCCCUGUCCAACACGGGCAGCCUGCUGCUCGAGCAGAUCGCGAAAACGCUGUACGGCAUCUCGCGCGUCGACCCGCUCCGGAUACGGGUGGUCAUGUUCGGGCUGAAUCUGCCCACCGACACCACCACCUUCAACAUGCUGCAAGCGGCCGAUGAUCCACCAUCCUUUCAAGCAGUCAUCGAACGUAUGGUGAAGGAAGCAAACGCCCGUGCAUCAGAGCUGUGAAGAAACAAAACCGAACUAGGCAGCGCAUCUUGUCUUCUCGGUAGGGUUACCAUUACUUGGAGGAGCUUAUUGGAUUUUGGGUUUUUUGUUGUCUUAAUUAUUCCUAUUCCUAUUAUCUUAUCAUAUUAUUAGCAUUUUAAUGAUUUGACUGCUUCUUUGACUGGCAUAACCGAUAUGGUAUGAUCGCAACUAGACCUAAGUACAGACAGCAUCGAUCCAAACCGUUGGAUCAGAAAGCUUUUCAUGUAUAGACAGCCUUUUUUUUCAUUUAUUUUAAUCCUUGAUCACAAAUGAUAACACCUCGCAGCAACGCAUAACUAGCUGCCGAAGGUGGAGCAAUCGUAUUAAUAAUAGUUAAAAGAGUUUUUUUUGCUUUUACUUUAAAAAAACGUAUUCCUUAGACGCGGCAUUUAAUGCUGUGCAUUGAACAACAAUUUUAGUUCAGUAAAUAGUUUCCUAGGAGAAGCAAAAACGUGCAGGAGGGAACGAGUUGUGUAAAUAGCGAAGUGAUGAAAGAGAGGAAAUAGAGAGAUAUAGUAUAUAUAUAUAGAAGUGAGGAACGAGAGAAGGAGAGAGGUUGUAUAUAUAGAAGUGAGGAACGAGAGAAGGAGAGAGGUUGUAUAUAAAGAAGUGAGGAACGAGAGAAGGAGAGAGGUUGUAUAUAAAGAAGUGAGGAACGAUUGAUGAAAGAGAUAAAGAGGAGAGAGAAGAGAGAGAAGAGAGAGAAGAGAGAGAAGAGAGAGAAGAGAGAGAAGAGAGAGAAGAGAGAGAGAAGAGAGAGAAGAGAGAGAAGAGAGAGGAGAGAAGAGAGAAGAGAGAGAAGAGAGAGAAGAGAGAGAAGAGAGAGAAGAGAGAGAAGAGAGAAAAGAGAGAGAAGAGAGAGAAGAGAGAGAAGAGAGAGAAGAGAGAGAAGAGAGAGAAGAGAGAGGAGAGAAGAGAGAGGAGAGAGAGAGAGGAGAGAAGAGAGAGGAGAGAAGAGAGAGGAGAGAGAGAGAGAGGAGAGAGAGAGAGAGAAGAGAGAGAGAAGAGAGAGAGAAGAGAGAGAGCGAAGAGAGAGAGAGAGCGAAGAGAGAGAGAGAGAGCGAAGAGAGAGAGAGAGCGAAGAGAGAGAAGAGAAAAGAAAAAGAGAGAAUAGAGGUAAUUCCGCGCGAUCACCAUCCAUAUACAAAAAACUGCUCUAAUUGCAUGGAUUAUAGUGGAAUAGUUGGAAUGGAACGCAUGGAAAUGGAGUCCCUCGCAAUCCCAAAAAAGUUUGUUACUGUACACAGCCAAGAGUUAAAAUAGUUUGGUUUAUUUUUGUUCCCCACUCAUGGAUCCUCGUUCACUAUAAUCAACUAUAAACGCGCCAGAAGGGUCAGAAGAAAGCCAUAUUAUCAUUAUCCAUUUUCAACUGUCUACUAGUAUGUCUGCAAAUGGCGUAGGCCUCAACCAAACCUCAAAAAUGCAACGCGUUCGGGUCCGCGAGUAUUCUUUUCCUUUGUUAGUUUUUUUGUUUGUUUGUAUAUUGUUUCGACAAUGCAUUAGGCUUUCGAAACGGACAUUUAGAGAGUAAUUACAGGACGGACACUUUGAAAGAGAAAAACACAUUAAACGACAGGAUCAUUUUGUUUGCCACUACACACACCGUAAGCGCCAUCGAGUGAACCAUACUCAGUGAACCAUCGAGCCACGUGUGCUACUACGCGCCUAGCAAGUAACUAGAAGCAAACAGCACAAUGCAAUAGACAGAAUAGCUAAUAUGUUAAAACUUUGUUUAUUUUCUCAUCUCACCGUUGUCCAUACAAGUUGCCAAAAACACUAAUCACUACUGAUAGCAACACACUUAAGAUUAGCUAAGGAGCGCAAAGCUGCAUUUAAAUAGUACGUUUAGUUUGUUGUACCGAAGCAAAAAAAUGACACCAGUGACCAGAGCAAAGAUUCCAAUGAGAGAGAGAGAAAGUGAGAGAGAUAGCGAAGAAGAACUGUGACGUGAUAUUUACAACAAGCAGAAACUUUACGCAUAUUGUAGCAAUAUUUAUUUCGAUAAAUAGUAAGCCCGUAAACGAAGCGAACGUGUAAUAACAAAACAGGCAGUGUGUUUUUCGGCUCGAUACAAAAUUAAAGUCGGCAUCCUAUCCCUUUUUGGUCCGAAAUUUAAAUCUACUGUUUAAGAAUCAGUUUCUACUAUUUGUUUUUUGUUUGUUAAAGGUUUAAUUUAACGCAGUACUACACACUACCGAACUGUAAAACGAGCAUACUUCUAAUUUUCGCGAUCAAGUGCGAUCGGAAUUGUAUUUAAACAUUUUCCAGAAAAAAAUAAAAUUUCCUAUGUCCGGCUAUUA